AUGCUUCGACACCCUCUGAGGUCCGAUUUGAGGCUUUUAAGGGUCCAAUCGCUCUGUCGGAGACCGUCCCUCUCGACACCCAUACUUCCCCGAUACCUGAGCGAUUGGAAAUCCGGCCCAGCCCAACGCUACGCUUUCGAUAAACCUAAUCCCUACCGAAAACGCGCACCCCGAGGUCAACAAAAAGAUGGAGGGUCAAAGGUCACACUAGAUGUGAACUCCCUGGGUCAGCCAGGACAAAUCGUUGUCGUGCCUGGGCGUGGCCGUCGAAGGUUGCACCGCAACCGCCGCGACAGUUCCAGCAAUAAAGACCGCAGUACAAUCAGUUCGAUGCUGGAUGAUCUUGACGAAGAGAACUCAGAUCCCACGGCUGAAACAAUCCAGAAGGGAAUUGAUGCGAGCCGUGAACCACACCAGCCAGGAGAUACGUUAGCGAUUGGCGAAUUCAAAGCACUGCGCUCCAAACUUACAUCGUCAUUCACCUAUCGGCAGCUCUCCGAGUAUGUUUCGGAUCAACAAGGCAACGAUGUGGAUCUCAAGGAGACAAAUUGGGCAUGGGGACCGUCUGACGAAAUAUCAGAAUUUCCAGGGCCCAAGGCUCACCAGGGGAAGACUCGGCUCGCAGAAAGGAUUGUUCGAAAUUGCUGGCAAUUGGUAGUUCCGGCGGAGCGUGGACAGAUGGAUUUUCAUCUAAAGCCCGAGUUUAUGUCCUUGCUUCUUCAUGCUGAACAUUUCUCCUUCCAUGAGCUGGCCAGUCUCCAUGGCUGCACCAUUGAUGUGACACGAUCUGCUGGCCGAGUGACACUUUUUGGAAAGCGGAACGCUUGCGAGUCCGUCCGUGAGAUCAUUUAUGAUGCUACUGCCAGAACUCGCGAGGAGGAUGUCGGCAUCAACCCUUACGCCCUCGAGGAUGGUAUUAACCUGGUCUUCACCCCGGACUUUUUGGAUUGGAUCAACACUACAUACGGUGUUUUUGUGGAACAUAAAGCAUACCGGACACCAGAGAAAAUAUUCUACCUGGCUGAGAACAAAAUGGGAGCGGAUAAUGCCCGAAGAGCUUUAAACCUGGCAAUCACCAACUCGACACUAUCAUCAACCCAUUUCUCUACAUAUCUACCGGCCUCAGAGAUUGCUAGUGUCUACAGCUACAUACCGGAAGAAAACGCUUCAUGGUUUGACCGACAGAAGUCAUGGUUCCGAUGGGCAAUGUCUUCUAGCCAAAGCGCACAGGCAAAAAAUCUCGACACACCUUUCUUUGAUAAGCACCAAACGCGUCUAUCUGAUGAGUUACUGAAGCUACUUAGAGACACCGCACCCUUGAAGAGCGACCCGCAAGUCAAACCUAACCUGCAGGAUUCCGUGACGGCUGAGGUCGGGAGGUGCCUUUUUAUGCAAAAGUCCUCCUUUGAGGAGACAACGAUGAGUCCAGCACAACUGGGAAGAUUGUCUCUUCCGAGGACUUUCACCAACGACAUCCCUCUGAUUUCCAAGUUCCUCGAUUCCCUUUCCACCGUCUCGCAAAAGAACGAGUCAGAGCCAUAUCGAAUUCGGUUGACGCCAACUGCUGAUGCGGGCACCUUCCCUGAACUUGAAAUCGAAUUGACCACCAAUAGCCGCAAUGGCACCCAAAACUCAGAUGACGCUUUGGAAAUCCAGAGCGCAAAGGCAAUUUUCGCCACCAAUUCCGUUGACUACCUUCUUCCAGAGAAUGGCCUAGAUCUGCGAUUUACAAGAACCAUUUUUCAGGAUCUCUUGCACGAAAGUGCUCAUUCAUCGGACCUCCAAAUCAUGCUGCAAAGUAUCAAACAAUCCCUCCGGGGCUCAUUCUUGGCCGACGGUGUUUCGUGUGGCCCUUUUUCGCCAUUCUGCAGUAUCUCUAUUCCCAGUGGUAUUCAGAAGGUCGCCCGAUCAUACCACAAAGCGACACCAAGCAAGUUGCAUGAAAGCGAAACUUCAGAGAGCAACAUUAUUGUUGAAUACAUGUUCCCUCCUCUCAGUGAAGUCCGGGGCACUGCCGUCCAAACCUAUGAAUUCGGUGACCGACAGCUUAAAUACCGUCAUUAUGAGAGUGGCCCGUUGCUCGCUGCUCGUUCGAACGAGGUUUCUAUUACCACGCAGAUUCCUCAUGCUGACUCGACCUUGGAAAGUGAUCAAGCCCAGGAGCUUCUUCAUCAUGAUUUCCAUUCGUUCUACAACACUGCCUGUGACAUGGCGUUUAAAAUCCACGGCAGCAGAUACGUGGAUUAG